AUGCCCGUUACCAUCAAGAGUCGUUCAAAAGCGUUGAGGGACACCGAAAUCGAUUUGUCCAAAAAGCCCACCUUAGAUGAUGUUCUGAAACAGAUUUCUGCAAAGAAUAGAAAUAUCAGCAAGUAUAGGAUAAGAUUGACCUAUAAGAAGGAAAGCAAGCAAGUUCCAGUUAUUUCUGAUCGCUUCUUUCAGGAAGAGGCUGAUGAUUCAAUGGAGUUCUUCAUCAAGGAUUUGGGGCCCCAAAUUUCAUGGAGAUUGGUCUUCUUUUGCGAGUAUUUAGGCCCCAUUUUGGUUCACUCCCUCUUUUAUUAUCUAUCUAAAAUUCCAGCGGUUGUUGCUAGAUGGCAUAGUAGUAGAUCAGAAUAUAAUCCAUUUUUAAAUAGGGUUGCAUACCUUUUAAUUUUAGCACAUUAUGGAAAGAGAUUAUUUGAAACUUUGUUCAUACAUCAGUUCUCUUUAGCUACUAUGCCCAUUUUUAACCUAUUCAAGAACUGUUUUCAUUACUGGGUUUUAAGCGGUCUUAUUUCGUUUGGUUACUUCGGCUACGGCUUUCCAUUCAGCAAUGCUGAGUUGUUCAAAUAUUAUUCAUAUUUGAAGUUGGAUGAUUUAAGCACAUUGAUUGGUCUUUUCGUGGUUUGCGAAUUAUGGAACUUUUACUGUCAUAUCAAAUUGCGUUUAUGGGGCGACUACCAAAAGAAGCACGGUAACGCUAAGGUUCGUGUCCCAUUGAACCAAGGUCUUUUCAAUCUUUUUGUCGCUCCUAACUAUACUUUUGAAAUCUGGUCUUGGAUCUGGUUUACUUUUGUCUUCAAGUUCAAUUUAUUCGCCGUUUUAUUUUUGACUGUUUCAACAAUUCAAAUGUACGCAUGGGCUCAAAAGAAAAACGAAAAGUAUCAUACUAGAAGAGCAUUUUUGAUUCCAUAUGUAUUUUGA